UCAGGGGAGCUUGAAUGAAAGCCACAAACAGAGUCACCAGAAAAUAUGGCAGAAACGAAACCCAAAUCCAAAAAUCAACACAUAAACCACGCUUUAGCCAACAACCAAGCCCCAGAAACGAAACCCAAAUCCAAAAAUCAACAAAUCGAAUAGGGGAAGAUAGAUGCAAGCAAGCUAUGUGAGGGACUCACUGAGAUUCCAUUGAACAAAGGCGGAAAGUUUAGAACAGAGUAUGGAGUAGGAGAAGGAAAUUGUCGCUGACAAAUUCUCUCCAAUCGACACCGAUAAUUUGCUCAAGCUGGACAAUGUUAGCGAGCACGAAAAAACAAAUCAGCAAGUCACCGACGACCCAGAAUAUGCUCAAGCUGGACAAUGCCCACCCAUGGAGUUAUUCGCUGACCCAGUUCCUCGAGCUAAGAAUCAACGGCCACAAAGCAGCAACUCAGGUUUCCGCCUAUGCCAAAGAUAGCCGACUUCAGAGCAACGAGAAGAAGAGAGGUGCCUCGAAAGGGUUCUAGGGAUUCAGAGCAACGAAAAGACUCUGAAGAGAGGUGCCUCGUGCGCAGGCGAGAGCAUUUCGUUCGAAAGGGGUUUAGGGAUUUCGAAGGGUUCUAGGGAAAGAGUUGCGCGAGCGUUUCGUUGAAAGGGGUCGUUUCGUUGAUAUUGGUUUCUUAUUGGUUUUUCAGUUUUAACCAAACCAAAACCAUUAAGUUGCUUAUUGGUUUAAAACCAAAAAACUGAAACCAUUAGCUUUCCAAUUGGUUUGGUUAUGGUUAAAACCAAAAAACCAAAACCAAAUGGACAGCCCUAUCUGUAGGAAUGGUCAAGACGAAGAGACCGUAACUUGGAGUGCCUAAAGGAAAGAGUCAUGGAAGCUAUUUCCUCGCCAUGUAGAAGUUGGGGUAGGUCAAGAUCAUUCAUCGGGUGCGAGUACCAACAAGAAGCAACGCUGUGAGAGCCACCGUCAGAGGAAACGCACCAAUGGACUGGUACAUGUACCAGGAGUGGUACGCGUACCAGUGGAGUGAUACUAGUGGAGUGGUACUAGCAACCAUAUGUCUUGUUUAGGCUUAAAAAAAAUUGUGAAGACUUUAUGUUUAUUCACAUUCAAAGGAUAAUUUAUUGCUUUUGGCAUUGUUGUUGGCAUUUCCCUGAUUUUGCAACCCAUUUUGGAACACAACUUUUGGCUACUAAUAUAAAGUUCCUAUUUUG